CAUGAAACCGCCGCAGCGCUUCUGUUAAUAUCAAUAUGGCUUCUGUCAGUCAGACAAAGGCGAAUCAGUUUUUGCCCUGAAAUGAAAUCAAAUUAGGGAAAGGUAGCGGGAGAGUCGGACAUCGUCCUGUUUUGCUGGUUCAUGCCUGGCGACGGGGAUUAAAGAGACGGAAACACUGUAGGUUGAGUUGAAUAAAUGCUGUGGUGCACGGAGGCCCCGCACGCGCACAAUCAGAAUGUCCCAUUACACAGAUGAGCCUCGUUUUACCAUUGAGCAGAUUGACUUGCUGCAGCGGCUACGUCGGAGCGGCAUGACAAAGCAAGAGAUUUUGCAUGCCCUGGACACCCUCGACCGGCUGGACCGUGAGCACGUGGAGAAGUUCGGCCAUCGUCACGUCCACAGCGGAAGCGGGGCAGCUGGCGUCAAUCACGGCAAUGACAGCAACGCCACCACCUCUUCCAACUCCUGCACUACCUCCUCUAACAACCUCACAGCCUCUUCUUCAACGACCUCUAAGGCCACGCAGACGGGAUACCGUGGCAAUGGCCUCUCUCCCUCCCCAAGCAACAGCUAUGACACCUCCCCGCCCCCGACGGUCCCCACCCCCGUUCCGGUAGUAGCACCCAUGGUCCAAAAUGGACGGGACGGCCUCGCCGCUAUGCCCAACGGGAAGCUCUCUCCGCCCCGCUUCGCUGUUAGCAACACCUCCUCGCGGGCGUUUGCAUACGAGCUUCCAGAUGAGGAAGUGGACAUCGAUGACAAAGUCGAGGAGCUCAUGAGAAUGGACAGUGCUAUAAUUAAAGAAGAGAUUAAAGCCUUCUUGGGGAACCGGCGGAUAUCACAGGCAGUAGUUGCCCAAGUUACAGGUAUCAGUCAGAGCCGGAUCUCUCAUUGGCUGCUCCAGCAGGGCUCAGACCUCAGCGAGCAGAAGAAAAGAGCUUUCUACCGCUGGUACCAACUAGAGAAAACUACACCUGGUGCAACACUAGCGAUGCGGCCCACCCCGGUGGCCCUGGAAGACAUUGUGGAGUGGCGUCAAACCCCUCCUCCCAUUAGCAGCACCCAGGGCAGCUUCCGUCUGCGGCGAGGCAGCCGCUUCACCUGGAGGAAAGAGUGUCUGGCGGUGAUGGAGAGUUAUUUCAAUGACAACCAGUACCCCGAUGAAGCCAAGCGAGAGGAAAUUGCCAACGCCUGCAAUGCAGUGAUCCAGAAACCAGGGAAGAAGCUUUCAGAUCUUGAGAGGGUCACGUCUCUGAAAGUUUACAACUGGUUUGCCAACAGACGGAAGGAAAUUAAGAGAAGAGCCAACAUAGCAAUCCUGGAGAGUCAUGGGAUUGAUGUCCAAAGCCCGGGAGGUCAUUCCAACAGCGAUGAGAUCGAUGGAAAUGACUACGGUGUGCCAGUAGCUGCCGACCAAGUUUUGGGAAUGGAUGACAACACCGGCCCAAUCGAACACCAGGACCCCAUAGCUUUGGCAGUGGAGAUGGCGGCUGUCAAUCACAGCAUCCUGGCACUGGCGAGGCAGGGCGGAGCCACCAGUGACAUCAAGACAGAGGUGCUGGACGACGAGUGAGAAUCUUCCCUGUGGAGCACGGAGGGAAGCCGAAGGAGAAAUGUGGGGUUACGAAAACAAAGCCAAACAGUUUGCGCGUGAACCGUUAUUAUGAGGAAUAUGGCCAGGUCGUGGAUGACCAAAGUGAAUGCGGAGGUUAUAAAGACUGUUAACCCAACAUUCCCCCUCCUCCUCCCUCCUACAUGUGACGCCUAAAUAGACUUUCCAUUCAAACCGUUCUCCUACACGCAGUGGGUUGGGGAGGCGCUGCAAUUAAACUGUUGAUCAAACACGUUCACUAUAAACUUCAUGCGACAUAUCACCCUGCCAUCUCACACUUGGAUAGUGAAUUUCGCCUCUCAGUUUUCCUUCUUUCAGGAAGUCUUCUUUGCAGGAUAUAAGAGGUCAGUAUCAUACUAAAUGUUCACUGCCUCAGUCUCUCCAGGGAAAGUGUGUUGGGAAGCAUAUUCUCUCUCACUUCUUAACUUAUUUCUUUAUGUACGACGUGCAGUCCAGCGUUGCUGAAAUUGUGUUUAAACUUGUACAGUUGUCACCAGGGUCUAAAGUUAACACUCGCCUACCAUCAACCUGCGACUUUGCCAAGUCUGCUCUGCCAAGCAUUAACAGACUAGACAAUUUAAAAAAAAUAAAAUACUGGCUAGUGGGUAAGUCUUGCUGAGAAGUGCAAAAUAGUUUGGUACUGUAAUUUGAAAUAGAGUAGUUUAUUGGCAUCUACAUAAAAUUUGUUUUUGUGUUCAAAAACAGCUCUUAAGGCAUGAUUUUAACAUUUAAUGUUUAAAUAACAUUAUUUUAAAAGUUAUUUUAACAUCAUAUGUUGUCUUAAAAAUUACUGAGAGACUAAAAAAUCAUUGCCAUACUAGGGGUGGGCGAUAUGACCAAAAUAAAAAAAAAAAUUCUCAGUAACAAAAUAUAUCACAAUGUUGUUAUGCUUGGUCUUUAUGAUAUCAAAUUUUUGAAGUUUUAAUGAUUGAAAUUUUAGAAUUCUUGUUACCGGUGUCAAUGUCACAAAAAACUAAUACUAGUCAAGAAAAAAAAAAAAACUCUAAAAACUCGAGCUCACUAAAGACAAAUAAACAGUCAGUGAUUAAAUAAGAAUAAGACACUAAUUACAAGCAACAGAAAAAAAAAACUACAGUGGAACAAAUGAAUAACAAAUUUUACAUUAAGUUAUCAAAAUGUUUAAAAAACACUGCAUAUUCUUUACUGUGUAAAUUAAAUAUAUAUAUUCUUCUCAUUAAAGUUACAAAAGUCAAAAGCAGUGAGAGAUUUUCUAUAUUAGACUGGAAAUAUUAGACUGCUGUCAGUUUAAGAGCUCCCCAGAUUCAAUAUACUGUUACACGUCUGUUUUCUUUCUCAGCUGUUUGCUUUCACUUAAGACCUAAAUCACUGAGUUUAUUAAGAUAUUUGCAAAGAUGGGCAUUUUGACAUACAAGUGUGUCUAUUUAACGGUUUAAUGCUAAUAAAGUGGCAAAAAUAACUCUUGAAUAUUCCUGCGCUCUAGGAGCAACUUCUUCACGUGCGCGCCUCAUUGACAACGCUCAAAAACAGUCUCUCCGACUCCGACAUUGCGCACAUAUAGUAAAGCGGUUUCAAUGCUGAUUGCAUUUCAACGGCUUAACAAAACUUAAAAAUGCAUGCAAACGAAAAGUUUUCAUGACCAUGUAGCAACAGCAACAUUUAGCAUUUAACAGAAAUAGAGAUGACAGUCCAAAAUCUCAAACCAUUGACAAAUAUCUAUAUAUAUCACCCACCCUUAUGUGAUAUGCACUCUUUCUGAAUGUGUAUAGCUGUAGCGACAUGUUUAAACAAGUUGAAUUUAAAGACGCAGCUCCUGGAUGAGUUUCACCAUGCAGAAUAUAUUACAGCUAAUGUGAAGCAUGUUAAUUAAAGCAUCACUACUAAAAUAUCUAAACUGAAAGCAGCAAAAAAUGGAAAACGUAAAUUGAAUAAUUGGUUGAAUGAUAAAUUGUAACUCAUAAUAACUAAACAUAUUACCUCUUAAAGAAAAAUUUUAAUAAAUUUGCUGAAAAUGUACUCCCCUUUAGGCCAUCCAAUAUGUAGAUGAGUUUGUUUCUUAAACCAAACAGAUUUGAGGAAAUGUUUUUAUUACGUCGCUUGCUCGCCAAUAAGAUCCUUUGCAGUGAAUGGGUGCCGUCAGAAUGAGAAUCCAAACAGCUGAUAAAAACAUCACAAUAAUCCACACAAAUCCUGCCAUCAGUUAAUAUCUCAUGAAGCGAAAAAGCUGCACGUUUAUAAGAAACAAAUCUAUCAUUAUAAUAUUUGUAACUGUGAUGCAAUACUAUAUUUCUCCAAAUCUGUUCCAAUGAAGAAACUAACACAUCAACAACAUGGAGUGCGUAAAAUUUCUGCAAAAAAACCCAUCACAAUUUAGUCAUCAUUGUGAAAAGAAUUAUUUACGUAAAACAAAAUACAGUUUUAUGACCAGGAUGAAAUACUUGUCAUUGUGAAAUUGGCAAACUGUUAAUUGUGGACCCUGGUUGUCAGCGUAAAAGUUGCAUAAGACUGUUUUUGCAGUACCAUAACCGGCCUGCUGGCUUCAGCAAUUAUGUAUUGCACUUUUAAUUACUAGCGGCAGCUUAUUUAUGUUCCUGCCGCUACACAACUGUGCAUCUCUGCAGGGAGGCGUCGAAGGCUGUCUGGAAGCUGAAGCCUACUCGUGAAGAUUGUGCCAUUAUAUUUCCGCAUUAGCAGUCUAGAAAUUCAGUCGGGCUCUUCUGCAGGCCUCUCUUAAAGCAAUCAGACAACAGCCGUUUAUUUGAACGUAUAUAACCUCAAAGUGUUCUACUCAGCCGAUAACUGUGCAGACGUUUCAGCAGCACGCGGCUGGAAAAUGUUGUAGCAUUGGGAAUUUCUUCGUCUCAGCGAAACGGGAAAACACUUGACAAUCAGGGUGACGACGUUCCAGUACACAAAAAAAAAAAAAAACCUGUUGGUGUUUGCCCACGUGUCCAAAUAAUGGGUUUCUCUGGAAAGUAAUGAUCGCUAAAAUCCUUCCAAUGGGAAUUAAUAACUGUCAUAUCUGAAAUUAAAGUGGAUUUAACCACUCUAAUAAAUAUCCCAUGUUAUAGCUUGUUUUUUGUUGAAUAAUCAUAAAAUGUCACUUUAAGGGGGAGGGUUAUGGUGCUUUGGGUUCCUUACCCCAACCUACAUAUAUAUGCUUUUUUUUGUUUCAUUUAUCUGGUACUGUUUCAAAGAAAGAACAUAAGAGGGAUGAACUAGUUCAGGUUAUUUUUAUUUUCAGUGCUUCAGAAUUGAAAUAAUAUGGUGCUUAUUUAAAAAAAAAUGAAAGGAGAAACUAACCACAUGCCCUCUCCCACCUUAUACAGUCUUUCCUCUUUGCCUUUUAGGAAGCUGCUUUCUGUGUAUAAUGCACAUCAUUGCAGUCACACAUAAGCUUUUUUUAGACUUAUUAAAAUAGCUAUCGAAUGACAAACCUGUGAAACGUAUCAGCUGCUUCAAAAGUUCUCUCAGAAUGUCUGAAACACCAUUUCAACUCAUCUACACACCUUUGUUCCUAUUGAGCGUAAGAUUUCAGUCGAUGAGAUCGGCAAUAGCUAACAAACAAGCUCGUAUUUAAAGAGUCCGUCGCAGUCGAACGUGAAUUUUGAACAUGGGCUUCAGCCUUAAUGCAAGUAUUUUUAAGCACUUAAAUUACAGAAUGUGUAAAAUCAUGUGUCAACACGUCAUUUCUGUGAAAAUUAACUGUAGAUGACGCUGUUUAGGUUAACGUUAAUAUUCCUAGAUGCAUUUAUUCCAUAAAUCUACAUAAGCUUAACAUAAAUGUACCAAGUCUAUUUGAUAAAAUAAGUAUCGAAAGAAUAUUGUAUGUUAGGAGAGAAUAUUAAUUGGAAAUGAAAUUUCUCGCUUUAGGAAAUUCUGCUAAGCAGAUAAAUCUGUCAAAUUAGACUUUGUUUCUGUAGUUUUGCCUUGGAAUUUGGUUGAAUUAAAUCAAGUACAAUCUGUUCUUUGGUAAGAGUGACUGGGGCUAUUUGGCACAUUAUUAUAUAUUUUUUUUUUACUUCGAUUAUUGUUAGUGUAUAUAGAAUCAAAUCUUACAGACUCUAGAAGUGCUAGUCACAUUGGAAACCUGCUGUGUAUAAAAAGGGAAAAAAAUUAUUAACUUUGGCUAAAAAAAAGUUCUAAGAAUUUCACAAAAUUACAACGCACAAAACUGUGAAAAAAUUUGCCCAAGCCGAAUUUUGAACCUAAAUAAGUUUUCGUAAUAAGUUUAUAUCCACUUUCUUAUAUGAAUAUGUAUAAUCAGUAAAAAGUAAAAUAUAAAUUUAAAUAAAUUGUAUGAAAUUACAGCUUUCUAAGAUUUAUAGUUUAAAUCGGUUUUCAUUAUAUAAUUGUAAUGCAGAUUUGAUUUUAUUGUGUUCAGCAGCUAUUAGAAAAGAUACUGACAUAUAAAUGCAAAAUCAUAUUAAAUUUUUUAUAUUGUUUUGUAGUUACUGAUCCUUGCGACAGUUUCCCUAUGUGACAACUAGCCCCAGUCUGAUUUGUAUUUCGGAGUUUUUCACCUCAGUCAAUAUAUUAGAUGCUAUUAUAGCGAGACAAUGAACAGUAUUGCAAACUGCCAAUCAUACUUUCAGCUAAGAAAAGUGUAGAAUUGUCCUCGAAAUGUUUUAAGUCAGCUGGCAUUGCCAACCAGAUUGGAGCAUAAAGCAUCAUAAGCUUGCACAGCAAUCAUGCAGUCUUGUAUAUUUUAUUCUAGGAUACAGACAGACCAAUCUUACUAACACAGAGUCCCUCAGUAAACGCUUUCUUAGAAACAGUAUUGAGGCACAAUGUGAUGAUGGACUAGUGCCCAGUCAGUUACCCAGAAGUCUUUAUUAAGCUAGUGUUGGAAUGUGUUUGGAACAGAAGUCUGUCGUGAAAGAAUGAGGGAACACUUUGACUGUGUUUUUAAUCUGUCCAUGUUCAAUAUGUGAAUAUAUGAAAUAUAUAUAAAUAUAUUCUAUGACUAUAAAAAAAAAAUUCAAAAUAUAUCACUGUUGUAUUAACUUGAAAUAGUCUAAUCAUGUAUCUCUUAUUACAGAAUUUAGUGCCUUUUUUGGACAGUAGACUGUUCUGUAAUUAAUAUGUAGUAUAAAACGCAUAUGCUGUUACUUUUUUAAGUUUUGUUUUGACACUCUUUUGUUCAUUUUCAAACUUUGUUUUAAAGUCGUUUUUAUUUUAGAACUGUACCUUCUAGAGAAUAAAAACCUGAGCUGAAA